CGGUGACUUCAGAGCCCCUUCCCGCAGCGCUCGCCUGGUUCUCGAGGCCUGCUGCAGCGGACGAGGAGGAGCAGCAGGGAGCAGGCGGGGCCACCGCCGAGGACGCAGCGGAUGAAGCCGAGGCGGAGAUCAUCCAGCUGCUGAAACGAGCUAAGUUGAGCAUCAUGAAAGAUGAGCCAGAAGAGGCUGAGCUAAUUUUGCAUGACGCUCUCCGCCUUGCCUAUCAGAGUGAUAACAAGAAGGCCAUCACUUACACUUAUGAUUUGAUGGCCAACUUAGCAUUUAUACGAGGUCAGCUUGAAAAUGCAGAACAACUUUUUAAGGCAACAAUGAGUUACCUGCUUGGAGGGGGUAUGAAGCAGGAAGACAACGCAAUAAUUGAAAUUUCCCUGAAGCUGGCCAGUAUCUAUGCUGCUCAGAAUAGACAAGAAUUUGCUCUUGCUGGCUAUGAGUUCUGCAUUUCAACUCUAGAGGAAAAAAUUGAAAGAGAAAAGGAGUUAGCAGAGGAUGUUAUGUCAGUGGAAGAAAAAGCUAAUACCCACCUGCUCCUGGGCAUGUGCUUAGAUGCCUGUGCACGAUACCUUCUAUUUUCUAAACAGCCAUCACAGGCACAAAGGAUGUAUGAAAAAGCUCUGCAGAUUUCUGAAGAAAUACAAGGAGAAAGACACCCACAGACAAUUGUGCUGAUGAGUGACCUGGCUACUACCUUGGAUGCACAAGGCCACUUUGAUGAGGCCUAUGUUUAUAUGCAGAGAGCAUCAGAUCUGGCAAGACAGAUAAAUCAUCCUGAGUUGCACAUGGUACUCAGUAAUCUAGCUGCAAUUUUGAUACACAGAGAACGAUACACACAAGCAAAAGAGAUCUACCAGGAAGCACUGAAGCAAGCAGAGCUGAAAAGAGAUGAGGUUUCUAUACAGCACAUCAGGGAAGAAUUGGCUGAGCUGUUGAGAAAAAAAUCUUUGACUUAACUUUAUCAAUCUCUAAAUCUAUUUUUGUUGUAGGGAGAAUAAUUUCUGGUAAACAACAGGAAUAGUUAUUCCAAUGUCUGUGGCACCCAAAUCAAUCGUGUAAAUCCUUUGUUCUUGAUAUUUGGUUUUCCUCCGUAUAACCUUGGUGAAGGACAAGUUGUAUACACUACCAGUUUUGUUUUUAAAGGAAAAAUAACUGACCCAAUUAAUUGUGACAUCUAAGGACUGAUGUUAAGUGAUGGUUUCUGUUGUAACAUGAUGAGGUGGUGUUCAUGCUAGUCUAAUUAGAUUUGAGAUGGGCCAGUUAUCCUUUGGGUAUGGUAAUUAUACUUGGUUAUCUCUAAGAUUUUGGUUCACUGAUUUACUGCCCUUUCUUCUCUUCAAUAUCUGGCAGACCAAGCUACUUAUCUUAUGGCAGAGGGGGAUUAUGGUGAGUUAUUUCUAUUACAAACUAUUUCACAAAGCGUAGUGUGAGAUUUAAUGCAUAAAGGAGCACUGCCACCAGCACUCUACGUAAAGUUUUAAAGUGAACAUUGGCACUUGUGAAUAUAGUACCCACUUGGUUAUUAAUAAAAGUGAACUAUGUGCCUGGUUUUAUUUAGCUAUUAAACGUGGUGGUGGGGAGUAAUGAUGUAAUAACCUCUUGCUUGUCAAUACUCUCUGAGCAUUCUGUGGUCAACAAGCAGUCCUCUUUAAAGAUACACCUGGAUUAUACUUAGACCUCUGACUUAAAUUAGGGUUUUACAAGUGUAGAUUUAAAAACCAGUAAUUCUGAUGUGUGUUGCUGGUAUAGUAGAACCAUUGUCCUGGAUCCUAGUUAGUUAGUCCUGGCUUUCUGAUUUUUCGAAUCUCAGUAUCCUCACCUACAAGUGAGGAAUAAACAAGAUUUUUUUCUUAGCCAUGGGGGAAGGAAUCUGGUGAUAUGACUUUUAAAUGAAUAGACUACUAUGUUGAGAGAGAUUUAUCACACUGCCUCAAAAUAUGUAAAUACAAGACACAUAUUGAUGCUCUUACUUCAGUCUUGCAGCUAGCUAUUUGUUUGGGGGUAGCGGGGAGACAGUUUUUCUAGGUACUGCGAAGGAACACUAAUAUUGUUGAUAUGCCUGUGUGUGUUGGGAAGGUGGAAUUGGUAAACUGCUAUUUUUGGUUCUUAUGUAUAUACUGAAGAAGCUUUUCAUAAUAAACUAGAAACUCUAUAACACUGUAUGCAUUCCAGUAAUCUUUGGGUUACUCAUAGAAAAAUAAUGAAGUUAAUAAAAACAAAAUAGAAACCUUGAGAUUCAAAUCCUUAAGGGUUAGACUAGAAAUAGAGUUUUGUAUUUUGCAGAUACAAAUUUCUUUCUUUCUGUCUAGGCUUAUUACUUACCACCCAGCUAAUUCCAUCAAUCAAAUCUAAAUCUGAGAGAUGAUUAGAUUUUCAGUGCAACCCAGUCUUCUUUAUUGAUUUAAAAAAAAUUGUCAACCACUCAC